AUGAAGUUCUCUAACCUGUAUGACAACCCGGCCUGUGGCAGUUUGAGUGUCGCCUCCACAUUGCCAGAGAUCACUAGCAUAUCCAGACACUUCCUUGGCCAGCAUUUAGUGUUGAUAUCUCUCCCACUGAAUAUGCCUGGGGCUCUUUUCAUCCGCUGGAGCAACCCAGACAAACAGGUCUUCAACAUACCUGGCGUGUCUCCUGAGAUGAUGGCACUCAUCAUUGACUUUGCAUACACUGGCUCAGUUUCCAUAACGGAGGAAAAUGUAGUGGAACUUCUCAUGGCAGCCGAUCAAUUCAAUGCAAUGGACAUUGUGAAACUCUGCUCUGACUUCCUUGGGGAGCAACUGUGCCCAGAGAACUGCGUUGGCAUUUGGCAGUUCACAAAAGUAUGCUUAUCACCCGAACUACGCACCAAGGCCUACCACUACAUCAUCAGUAACUUUGAGCAGGUUGUUCUUGAGGAGGAGUUCCUGCAGCUAACUGUGGAGGAACUUGCUGACAUCCUUGAUAGAGAGGACCUCAAUGUGCAGUUGGAGACCACUGUGUAUGAAGCGCUUACAAAGUGGAUUAGCCAUGUACCUGUACAACGGAAACAACACCUCACCGCUCUGCUGUCCAAGGUCCGACUGGGAUUGAUGACGUCAGACUACCUAAAGGACAAUGUGCUGUCUAGUGAGCUGGUGGAGGCCAAUUCUGAGUGCCUGUCCAUGAUAAGUAAUGCCAUCUUAGACAUACAUGAUUUAGGAAGCAGACCCUUCAUGUCUGCCUUGUAUCACCCUCUUGCUCGUCCCCGCCUGCCUCAUUCCAUCCUGCUGGCCAUUGGGGGGUGGAGUGGUGGUGAGCCAACUAAUGGCAUCGAGGCCUACGAUUGCCGGGCUAACCGCUGGGUCAACGUAACGAACAACCUCGAGUGUCCUCGUGCUUAUCAUGGAGCCGCCUUCCUCAACGGGUACGUCUACUCCGUUGGUGGCUCCGACGGGGUGGAGCAUUUCAACAGCGUCCGUAGGUUUGACCUGACCACUCACGCCUGGAAUGAGGUGGCGCCCAUGCACUCCCGCCGCUGCUAUGUGAGCGUGACUGUGUUGAACGGGUUCAUCUAUGCCCUGGGAGGCCACGACGGGUAUGUACGACUCAGCAGUGCAGAGCGCUAUCAACCUGAAAUCAACCAGUGGAGUCUUAUUGCACCGAUGCACGAACAGAGGAGCCACGCCAGCUGCACAACACUUAACAACCGGGUUGGUGGCUUCGAUGGAAACAACUAUCUGCGCACCGCUGAGGCUUACAACCCGCAUACCAACACGUGGAACCUCGUGUUCUCUAUGCUGACCCCCCGCAGCACCUUUGGCAUUGAGGUAAUUGAUGAUCGCCUCUUUGUCAUCGGGGGUUUCAACGGCUUCACCACCACUUCGGACGUCGAGUACUACACCGCUUUAACCAAUGAGUGGUAUGAGGCGUGCGACAUGGAUAUUUUCCGCACAGACUUGAGCUGCUGUGUGAUGUCCGGACUUUCCAACCUGACUGAGUACACCUUUCCUCGUGACUUCCUGCCACUUGAAAAUGUGCUCGGAUUAGCAAUGGAGUCAGCAGAGUCCACGUAAAAUCUUUAAAGUGCAGUACUGCCAUGUGUCAACAUCUGAGUCUCCAACAUGAAGGACUGAAAUAAAUCUUUAGAGCA